GUCCAGUAGGGGUGUGGCUUGAUGUAGGAAGCCGUUGGGAAAAUGAAGAGAACAAUGGAGCUUGCAAUUUUGUGGAACAUCUGGCAUUCAAGGGCACAAAGAAACGCCCUGGCACAGCUUUUGAAAAAGAAGUGGAGAGCAUGGGUGCACAUCUUAAUAGCUAUACUUCUCGUGAGAAGACAGCCUUCUUCAUGAAAACUUUGUCCAAAGAUUUGCCCAAAGCUGUCGAGCUUCUGGCUGAUGCAGUACAAAAUUGCAGCUUGGAGGAUUCUCAGAUUGAGAAGGAGCGGAGUGUCAUUCUUCAGGAGAUGAAAGAAAUUGAUGGCAGUUUGUCAGAUGUUCUCUUUGACUACCUUCAUGCCACAGCUUACCAAGGCACUGCUUUGAGUCGAACUGUUGAAGGUACAACAAAGAAUGCAAAGACUUUGUCUCGUACAAAGUUAGUAGAGUUCCUUGAAAGUCACUUCAAAGCCCCUCGCAUGGUCCUGGCAGCUGCUGGAGGUGUUAGUCACAAAGAACUAGUAGACCUUGCCAAUCAGCACUUUGGCAAUGUUCCCUAUGAGUACAAGGAAGAUGCAGUGCCCAUUCUUCCACGCUGCCGCUUUACUGGGAGUGAUAUCAGAGUCAGAGAUGAUGAUUUACCUCUGGCUCAUGUUGCAGUUGCAGUUGAAGGUCCAGGAUGGGCCAACCCAGACAAUAUUCCCCUUCUGGUAGCCAACGCAGUCAUUGGGCGCUAUGAUCUCACCUUUGGCGGUGGUAAGAAUCAGUCCUGCAGGCUGGCUGCAGCUACUGCGGAGCACAAGUUAUGCCAAAGUUUCCAGACCUUCAGCACCUGCUAUUCUGACACAGGUCUCUUCGGUUUCUAUUUUGUUACUGAUAAAAUGAAUAUUGACGAUACAAUGUACUUUGCCCAGGGUGAAUGGAUGCGUCUGUGCACCACUGUAACUGACAGCGAGGUGAAAAGAGCCAAAAACGUGCUUCGAAACACCUUUGUGUCACUAUUGGAUGGUACCACCCCCGUAUGUGAGACUAUUGCGAGUCAUGUAUUGAACUAUGGGCGUCGGAUAUCUUUGGCAGAAUGGGAUGCCAGAAUUUCUGAGGUUGAUGCCAAAACCGUGCGGGAGGUCUGCAACAAAUACCUAUAUGACAAAUGCCCGGCUGUUGCAGGAGUAGGUCCGAUUGAACAGCUUACAGACUACAACCGUAUCCGCAGCGCCAUGUACUGGCUCCGUUUGUAGGCUACAUGUUACAUAAGAUGCAGAUAAAGCAAUGUGGUUAUUGAAUGGACACCUCCAGGGUCUACUCUUGCUCAUUUCUUCAAUCCUGUGGCAAGAUGCAUCCCUCGGUUGCUAUAUAAAUGUUUUUCUUUUCAACCAGAUUAGUGAUGUACUAGAGAGCUAAAUAAAUUAACUUUAAAUGGAAUUGUCCCUGAGUGUUGAUGGCUAAAUGGCAAUUGUGAGAGUGGGAACUGAGGACUUUUCUCUCCACCACCACGACUAUCCCUCCCGCCAGUGUCUUUCCAAGGAGAUAGUGUGUGUUUGUGUGUUAAGUAUAAAUGAUUGUUUCUGUAUCCUGGAUGAUGAUAUGAUUAAAUCCAAUCUCUUCUUUUGUUUGAA